AGGAAGAGACCCGGGGACCCGGACUUGCCGCCGGCGCAGGAUGCGGAAGACCUCUUCCAGGACUUGAGCCAGCUCCAGGAGACUUGGCUGACGGAAGCUCAGGUUCCAGACAGUGAUGAGCAAUUUGUGCCUGACUUUCAUUCAGAAAACUUAGCUUUUCACAGUCCUUCUGCUAAGAUUAAAAAGGAGCCUCAGAGUCCCUCCUCGGACCCCACGCUGUCCUGCAACCAUAAGCAGUCAUUCCAGUACCACAAUGGCGAGCAGUGCCUUUACGCCAGUGCCUAUGAUCAACCCAGACAAGUUGGAAUCAAGUCCCCCAACCCAGGAGCCCUGACACAGUCACCACUCCAACAGCUCCCUAGACAGGACAGGAGCUUCCUGACCCCUACGGGGCCACCCCACCCCACAUCCAGCUGUGGAUACCUCAACAAAAACAGCUCUGCAUACCAGCCACCUGUGGAGAUGUGCCGUUCCCUGUCCUCCUCCCAGAGCAUGGCCCAGGAAGACACCAUUGCCUACCAGCGCCAGAUGCCCAAGACUUGUCUCCAGCUCACUCACCAGAGCUUCAAACAGGAGUACCACGACCUGCAGUAUGAGCAGGCGAGCCCAGUGGGCAGCAGCCAUCAGUAUCCAGCAGCUGUGGUGGUCAAGCAGGAGCAGGUGGACUACGUGUAUGACUCAGAUGUUCCUGGCUGUCUUUCCAUGCACAUAAAUGCUGAGAGUUAUCCAGGCCAUCCAAAUACAGAAGACACAUUAGGCUGCAGCUAUGACAAGCAGAUGAGGUCCUUUACUGAGGAUGUCUGUGUUGUUCCAGAAAAAAUUGAAGGAGACAUCAAGCAGGAAGCUGGAGGGUACAGGGAAGGACCUCCGUACCAGAGACGGGGAUCUCUCCAGCUCUGGCAAUUUCUUGUGGCUUUAUUGGACGAUCCAACCAAUUCUCACUUCAUUGCCUGGACUGGCCGAGGGAUGGAGUUCAAGCUCAUAGAGCCAGAAGAGGUAGCCAGGCUGUGGGGUAUCCAGAAGAACCGUCCAGCCAUGAACUAUGACAAGCUGAGCCGAUCCCUUCGCUACUAUUAUGAGAAAGGCAUCAUGCAGAAGGUGGCUGGCGAGCGCUACGUGUACAAGUUUGUGUGUGAGCCCGAAGCCUUGUUCUCCCUGGCCUUCCCUGAUAAUCAGCGGCCAACUCUGAAGGCAGAGUUUGAGCGGCAAAUCAGUGAGGAAGACACAGUGCCUCUUUCUCACCUGGAUGAGAAUGUCACUUACCUGCCGGACCUUGGGAGCCUCCCUUCACAGCUUUACAGCAAGGGCUACACGUACUAG